CAUCUCCAUCUCCACGCAGAGGCGCCUCCCGCUCCUUGGCCUGGCCCCCCCUUCCCCGCUUCAGCAGCCUGCCUGCCAUGAGGAGCGGGCCAGGAGAGUCCGGCCCAGAGGCGGGAAGGCGCCGGCGAGUCUGCCCGGAGACGGGUGACGCGGAGAGACGAGGCCCAUUCCCAUUGGCCGAUUCCUGGAGUGACCGUUAACGGCAGAAGGGCGGAGCGGGGGCGGGGCGGGGGCGUUCCUGCCCGGAGACCGAUGACGCCGCUCUGAGAGGAAGGCGGAUUCUCAUUGGCGGAGAAAGGAAAGAAGGGGCGUGUCUGUCCGCCUGCCUCUCCGCUUCUCUCGGGCCCCGCCCCUCUGUGGGUCUCCUGCCCGCGGCCGCCAUGUUUCUUGAGGGCGGAAGUGCAGCGAGAGGCGGGAAGACUCGGGGUGGGCGGGGCCGGGCGGCGCUCUUUCCUGUCAGAAGGAAGGAAGGAAAGAAGGAAGGAAGGAGGAGGCCUUUCGGAGAGAGAGAGAGAGAGAGAGAGGAGGAGUAUUUAUACCCCGCCCUUCUCGCCCCGAAGGGGACUCAGAGCGGCUUACAGAACACGCAUACGGCAAACAUUCAGUGCCUGAUUCUACAAUUAACAAGGACAGACAACGCAGACACAGGUAACCUCUAAACGAACCUUAUGAAGAAAACAUUGCCGUUUGCCUUACGUCUGAAAGGAAAGUACGCAGGAUUAACAAGAACAAGAAAUGAAUUGGAGAAAUUAUAUUUCAAGCUACAUACCUUUAAAUGUAAGGAAAGGGAGGAUUGUGCUGUAAAAAGAGGGGUUGGUAAAGAGAAAAUAAGGCUACAGCAAUACAGAGACUGGGAAGAGGAAAUGUCCUAUUCAGGAGUCCAUAUCUGUGAACUUCAGGCAUAAUAUUAGAAUAAUAAAUGUUAAAAAAUGGAAAAUUCAUUGUCAAAAUCACACACAGGGGAGAAGCGACAUAAUUGUAAGGACUGUGGGAAAUGUUUCAUUGAGAGAAGUUCUCUUGCUAAACAUCAACGAACACACACAGGAGAGAAGCCAUAUAAAUGUGUGGAAUGUGGAAAGAGAUUCAGUGAGAGUGGAAAUCUACGCACCCAUCAAAGGACUCACACAGGGGAGAAGCCAUAUAAAUGCAUGGAAUGUGGAAAGAGCUUCAGUCGGAGUGGAAGUCUACGCACCCAUCAAAGGACUCACACAAGGGAGAAGCCACAUACAUGCAUGGAAUGUGGAAAGAGCUUCAGUCAGAGUGGACAUCUGCGUAUCCAUCAAAGGAUGCACACAGGAGAGAGGCCACAUACAUGCAUGGAAUGUGGAAAGAGCUUCAGUGAGAGUGGACAUCUGCGUAUCCAUCAAAGGACUCACACAGGAGAGAAGCCACAUAUAUGCAUGGAAUGUGGAAAGAGCUUCAGUGAGAGUGGACAUCUGCGUAUCCAUCAAAGGACUCACACAGGGGAGAAGCCAUAUAAAUGCAUGGAAUGUGGAAAGAGCUUCAGUCGGAGUGACAGUCUACGUUCCCAUCAAAGGAUCCACACAGGGGAGAAGCCACAUACAUGCAUGGAAUGUGGAAAGAGCUUCAGUCAGAGUGGAGAUCUACGUACCCAUCAAAGGACUCACACAGGGGAGAAGCCACAUAUAUGCAUGGAAUGUGGAAAGAGCUUCAGUCGGAGUGGACAUCUGCGUAUCCAUCAAAGGACUCACACAGGGGAGAAGCCAUAUAAAUGCAUGGAAUGUGGAAAGAGCUUCAGUAACAGUUCGAAUCUUCGUACCCAUCAAAAGAUUCACACAGGAGAGAAGCCACAUAAAUAGGACAAGUGCAAAGAAGCCAGAAUGUUUGUCCAAAGAACUUCUAAGGACUAUGACUUAAAAUAGACAUGAACAGGAAGUGGAAGGGGAAGAAAUCACAAAAUCAUAUAACCAUAGAGUUGGAAGAGACCUCAUGGGUCAUCUAGUCCAACCCCCUGCUAAGCAGCAGGAAAUUCCAUUCAAAGCACCCCUGACAGAUGGCCAUCCAGCCUCUGCUUAAAAGCCUCCAAAGAAGGUUCCACAGCUGAACUGCUCUCAUAGUGAGGAACUUCUUCCUUAUGUUCAGGUGGAAUCCCCUUUCCUGUAGUUUGAAGCCAUUAUUCUGCAUCCUAGUUUGCAGAGCAGCAGACAACAAGCUUGCUCCCUCCUCCUUAUGGGAUUUUGGCCUGCAUAAAUAGGGGCAGAGUGUCUAGAUCCAGGGAAGUCAUGCUCCCCCUCUAUUCUGCCUUGGUCAGACCACUUUACCUGGAAUCACACUGUGUCUAAUUCUGGGCACUGCAAUUGAAAGGAGACGUUGAAAAGCUGGAAGAAAUAGAAGAGGCAAAUGUAGUAGCAUUGAGGAAAAUAGUUUGAAAAAAUUAAUACACAUCUAUCUUGGUUUGGAAAGACAGCAAUACUAAAAAUGAAAAUGCUUCUGAGGAUAAACUUUAUACUUACAUAUACCUUAUAUUUAUAAUGCCAUUUCAGAUUAUAGAAGAAGAGUUGAAUACAUGAUUUCUUUGCAACAUUUCUACCCCACCUUUCUCCACCCCAAAGGAGACUCAUUUGGACAAAUGAUAAAUACUGUAAUGGCAGUCAAAGAAAUUGACGAAACAAGUUACAGAACAGAUCUCAAAAAGAAGAAGGAUUAGCGCUUCCUCAUAUCAAAAAAUAUUAUAAGGCAAACAGACUGAGAUUGGUUAUACAAGGAAUGAUGAAAAGGAGGAUGUAGAAUAGUUAAUAAUGGAUUCAGGAAAAGCGGAAGAAGAAAUUCGGAAUAGGUUUUAAAAUAGUUUAUGAGAAAAAAAAAUAAGGUAAACUGGGAACCCAAUGUUGAGUAAUGCAUUAGAAAUAUGGAACAAAUACAGGAGAAAGUUAAUAACAGAUGGCUCAAUAAUAACCCCAAUUAUAAUGGAAAAGACAUUUACAAAAAAUAAUAUAUAUAUAUGAUGGAUAAAAAAUUAAGGGGAAAAACUUAGAUAAAAUAGGGGAUUGGCUAAAGGUUGGAAUGAAGAAAGAAAAGAUUAGGAACAUAAAAAUUUGAAAGGAAUAUCCAGUAAAAUUUCUAAAAUAUUAAUUGAAAAAAACAAAGCAAAAGUAAAGAAUAACACCUUCAAGAAGAUUUGGAAAGAAGAUAUAGGAAUGAAAAUCAAUGAAACAGAGGGGUUACAAUUAUGGGCACAAAGACACUUGAAAAAUAUAUCCAUAUGUGUUAAAGAAAAUUAUUAUUUAGUUGAUAUGGAAAUGGUACCUCACACCCAUAAGAAUAGGAAAUAUAAAUAAAAACUACUCAAACAAUUGCUGGAGAGGAUGCCAAGAAUCGGGAACAUACAUACAUAUGUGGUGGCAGUGUCAAUAUAUAAAUAAUUUCUGGGGAAAAGUAUUAAGAGAGAUAGAAGACACAAUGAACAUUCAAAUAGAAAGAAGUCUUAGCAUGGCUUUAUUCUCAUUAUAUAAUAAUAAACAGUUGGAAAAAGAGGACAAAGAUGCGAUAACAAACGCAUUAACAAUUGCAAGACAGCUUAUAGCAAGGAAGUGGAAAAAGGAAAUAAAUAUAGAGAUAGAAGAAUGGUAUAAGGAUGUAUGGAAACUGGGAAGAAAUGAUAGGUUGACGUGGAGAGGGAUUUAGAAACAAAGUGGUUGUGAUGAUGUCUGGAGAAAAUGUAUUGGAAGAGGAUUCGAAAAGAAAGACGGAAUUACCUCCUCAAGAGGGAAUGAAAAGGAAUUUUGGACAGAUGAUAAAUAAAAAAAGUGACUUGGGGGAGGGUAAGAAAUCUGUAUAAGCGUGACAAUAACAGUAGAUGCCAAAUGUUAAUGUAUUGUAGAUUGUACUGAAUAUUAUGUGGCUGCUGUAAAAGGAUGUACGAUUUUUUUUAAAAAAAUAAUAAUAAAUGUAUUUGUAAUUUGUAUAAAUAUGCAUUUGUUUUUCUUUCUUGUAUUUAAAUAUAAAUUAUUUUUAAAAACAGAUUAUGAUGUAGCAGCUAUAAAAGCCAAUGUGAUUCCAGGCUGUCCCGAUAGGAGGAUUCUGUCUAUAUCCAAGGAAGUCACGGCCUCCUUUCUUCCGCUUUGGUCAGACUCACCUGGAAUGACCCUGUCUCCAGUUCUCGGUCCCACAAUUCAAGACGGAUAUUGACAGGUCAGAAUAUCUCCAGAGACGGGAUGUAGAGAAGGGCGGAGAGAGACAGCUGGGUAUGUUUCACUUGGAGGAAAGAAGGAAGGGCUUCUCCCUCGGCAGGAAGGAAAUGUUGGAUCCCAAAAGGGUUGGCCGUGGUCAGGAUGAGAGGUGGACGGAGAGGAAAGGCAUGUCCAUGAGACCCCGUGUUGCCUCCUCCUGGAAUGGACUCCUAGGACCCUAGAGCCGGAAGAGACCCCCAAGGGCCACCCCGUCCUGCCCCUGCCAUGCAGGAAGGCACAAUCAAAGCACUCCCGAUAGAUAUCCUCUGCAGAGAAGCCUCCAGAGAAGGACACUCCACCACACUCUGAGGCAGCCUAGGCCACUCUCCAACAGCCCUUACUCGUUCUUAUUGUGUAUCUUUGUAUAUUAAGAGAAGACCUGUAAAUAGUUAUAAGUAGUGAAUAAAUCAAGAAUAAAACCUCCAAGGACUUUGGAUGAAA